GCGUUUUGCGGCUUCCAGAUGACCAGAUCAUUCUUGCCUGAGAGCACGAGGAGGAAGGUGUAUCGUAAUUUCAAGAAGUUAGAGGAGCAUAUAUAAUUUACUAUUCGGUGGGACUUGCUUAAAAUUACUCCCUUUAAAUUUCUGGAUUGUCUAGCAAUAUACAUAUACGAUGUAUAUUAUAUAUAUGUAUAUAUAUAUUGCGUACAGAUUUAUCGAUACCGACCGGCAUUAUGAACGUCGCAGAUAAUCAGGACAACAGAAUGUUAGGGCCAUGGUAUAUUCUUACACCAGUUAGGUUGUUAGGGCAACAAGCGCAAUCACCAGCACCAAGCCCAGCUCAACCUCAAUCGGGUGCGCCGACCGGAGGGCAACCAGGUCCGCAGCAAGCCACGCAAGGACAAAUGCCUGGUACCGGUGCUCCAACGGAUGCGAAAUCAACGCCCGAUUCACAAAAAUGUGAACUUAUACGGCAACUAUUAGUGUUACUUUUGCAUGCGCAAAAAUGCCAACGACGCAAGAGUCAAGCGAACGGUGAGAUAAGACGGUGCACCUUGCCGGACUGCAAAACCAUGAAAAACGUUUUAAAUCACCUGAUAAAUUGUCAAGCCGGAAAGAAAUGUAUUGUGCCACACUGUAGCAUGUCUCGACAGAUCAUCAGUCAUUGGAAUCACUGUAAUCGAAUUGACUGCCCAGUCUGCUGGCCGAUAAAACGAGCAAACAGGAAUGUUGCGCAAGCACCUGCAAUUCAACUAAAUAAUCAGCCAAAUACAAGUCCAUUCGAAAUGAGAUGGCCUUAUGAAGCUUAUAAAGCUUUAGGGAUUCAAUGUCCAACAACAACACCGGGGAUCUUGCCCGGUCAAGACGUUGAUAGAGGCGUUAGAAUGCCAGCUCCCAGCAUGACAGGUCCAGGAGCACUGGGCAACGUUAGAUUAGCGCAACCUCAAACACAGACUGCACCGGGACAAUCCGUAGUCAGUGCUGGACAACAAGUAGUCACUCUGAACGUAUCUCUUCCUUUAAAUUCCGAUCCUAGUACGGUCGGGGCAGUCAGUGCUGAACAACAAGUAGUCACUCUGAACGUAUCUCUUCCUUUAAAUUCCGAUUCUAGUACGGUCGGGGUAGCCGACAAUCAGACGGUACCGACGACCGGACCCACAUCCACCGCAGCGGUCGCUGCCAAUAUACAGCAGUCUGUUAAUAUGCAAACGUUCGGACUGAACGAGUCCGGGCAACCCGGCGUGAUAAGCGGGGAAAAUAGAUUAGCAGAUCUGCAGCUUCCAAGCGGUCUUCAAGCGGGUCAAGUUACGGCGUCGCCAGUGCAAGGAACAAAAGAGUGGCAUUUGUCCGCCACUCCAGAUUUCAGGAACCAUCUCGUUCUUAAAUUGGUUCAAGCAAUAUUCCCGACUCCCGAUCCGCAAGCCAUGCUCGAUGAGAGAAUGCACAACUUCUUGGUCGCAUACGCGAGGAAGAUGGAAGAUGACAUGUAUGAAAAGGCCAACUCUCGGUCAGAAUAUUACCAUCUGCUAGCCGAAAAAAUUUACAAGAUUCAAAAGGCACGAGGUAAAUAGUACAAUUUCGACAGCACCCGGAUAUUUCUUUAAAGUCUACAUUCAUGGAACGUUCUUCAAAAUCGUUUUAAAUAAUGUCAUAAAUAGAUUAAUAUGAUUCUGUGUUUUAUGACAUCUUGAGACUACUUAAGACAUUUUUCAGUAUAAGAACGAACUAUGAAUAUAUUUUUCAGUCAAUUUUUUGUUGUUAUUAACACUGUGUGCUUUCCAGCAAGAGACACAAAUGACAAAGUGAAUUGUUACAUUCUUGUUGCUCGCCAAUGUUAAACAAAGACGAAAUGAUUCACUGUAUUACAGUGUCAUCUCUUGCUGGAAAGCAUCUAUUACAUUCUUUCUAAUGGCUUGAAUAUACUCGAUUGUGUAUAUGUUCAUAUGAUAUAAGAAUUUGAUAACCGAAAUCGUUUCCGAAAAGAAAUCGCUCCGCUCUUGGCCUUUACGAAUUCAAUUUAAUUAACAGUUUAAUUUCCUUUAAUAUUUUAACUAACAGAACUUGCCGUCUUGUUAGUUGCACUAAAACGAACCAAUAAUGUAAUAAUAAAAUACCGAUUUCGAGAUAGCGGAAUUCCAAUCGUGUAAAGUGUAUCAGAUGCAGAUUUUGUGAAAGAAAUAAAAAUAUAAUUACAAAAUAAAA